AUGGAAGCAGUUUCACAAUCCGUGUGCCCUCUUUCCACAUUCAUGUGGGAUUCGCCACAUGCGGCGUUGGUGCCGCCGGGCUUUACCCCUGGGUCGGUCGCAGACGCCAUGCUGCACAUCAGUGACCUGACGCUCCGUUUUGAUGUGCUAGCAAAAUCCAUUGACUACUCCUUUCACCCCGUGCGUCAUGCGAUGGAAAGCCAUCCCAUUCACACCAGGGCGUUGCACAAGCGCCAGUUUGACGUCAUGCGCUACGGUAUGGUGUUGGAUGAGGUAGAGCGGCUUGUGCUUGUGCCGAUGCCUCGGCUCUGUGGGGACACCGGAGUGACGCUUUCCCAGGAGUACGCUGCCAUCUUCGGCCGCGAUUUCAACGAGGCCCCCUGCGCUUCUCACCCCAUCCUACCUGAAUACUGCUUUGUCGUCUACCAACUGCCGGAACGCGACAAUACGGAGGAGAGGACGGUUCCCACCCCGCUGUUCCGCAUUGUUUUUCGAAAUGAGUCCUUCAACGAGCAUGUGAAGAUGCACUUGGUGAAGGAUUUUCCUCUCUUUCGCCUGCGUUCGGUGUACGUGUCGCACACGCGGUUCUAUUCCUUCCAACGACAGCUUGAACUGUACACAAAGGCAUCCGGCACCAGUGAAAAAGUGCCAGAUUACGCUUUGGAAGAUGCCCUUGGAAUUUCAAAGAUUCGAUGGAUGUUUGACGCAUGGUUGAUGGUGCUGGAAGGCAUUGCGCCUUCGUGGCUUGUGGACAAAGGGGUUGGCCCAGACAUUGUGACCCUGUUUCUUGCCUCACAUCGUCCUGUGGGCAAGUAUGAUGUAAAAGAAACUCUUGAAGCGUAUACACAACUCCCUCUGGAUAAUCGUGUGCGGUGCUCGUAUUAUGCAACAGGUGCACGAAUGCGGCAAAGAGUUCAUGUAAUGCAGCGAUUUCCAGACAUGAUCAACAAGUGGCGUCAGGGCGCGUACGAUCUUCGUUAUUUUGGUGAGGAAUUAAAAGGUGCUGAACCAAUUGCCCAAGUGGCUCACUGCAUUCGCAUCCUCCUCUGCCGAAGGAAGCCAGGAAGGAAUUAUAUUGAAGAUGAUGAAAUUGCUGCUUUUGUACCAAGAGACGAUGAAUGUGCACCGUUGCAGGUUUACAACACUCUGGCAGCUGAACGUUUGCGUCUCUGGGUAUUAAAAGGCUUGCUCACCGCGGAGCUACAUGGUGUUCACUGCUUGAUGCUUGAGUUUGACACAGCCAUGGUGGUCUCGAUGUGCGUGGGCCUUCUUUGGGGCAGCGGCGAGGAGGAUCGCCAAGAGGAGGUUGUGUUUCAUGUAUGUAAGAUUAUUGUGGAGACGGUGGAGGAUUACGUGCAGCACAGCGGCGUCAUUUGGCGGGUGAUUAUUGUCACCUCCGAUGAAAACUCACUGAAGUCGUCCAUGCUCUGCCGGGAGAUUCUGGAGGUGACGCAGAUGGCGAAGACCCGCGUCGAGAUUGAGGAGCGGCAGCGCAUGGCAACAAGUAAGGCAGAGUCGUCCGUCCCCUCCGACACCGGCGUCACCGCCCAAGAAGAGGCGGAGGAGGCGGACCAAGACGAGGACGAAAAGGAGGAGGCGCAGGGAGGCGAAGAAAAGACGCCCGCGGCUCUCUUGGGGGAGAAGGGGGCGCUUACCACCGCGGUGUUGGCCAUGGCCAAGAGCGCCCGUUUCAAUCAAGGCCCCUUUGUAAAGGUCGGAAAGCUCUCGGAGAGUAUCAGGGAACGUGCGGCGCGCUCUGGUGUGCGCAUCUCCGACGCAGAAUUGUACCCCAUCUUUCUCGCCAUCUCUGGCGGCGAGGAGACAGUCCUCGUAAACGACGUGGUGGAACUCAUCCUUGAAAAGGAGUUGGAGUCAACAGAGAGUCGCCGCAGCGUUCUUUGCAGAGAAACCCAUAUGCUCUGGCCACAUGGUCACCCCAUCUGCGCUUUGGAUAGCUGCGGUGUCCCGUGUGACGAAGCCGCAGUGCGUAACUUUGUCAAGAGCUUUCAACGUCGCCCAUACCGCGCCAAGGCGGGGGACUUCAGGGCCACCAUGAGUCUCGCCCCUGGCGCUGCCCCGGAGCCGCCGGAGGCCCUCAACUACGUGGAGUUUUCCGUAAUGAUGUUGGCGUUGGCGCGGCAGUAG